CUUCCUUUCCAUGAUGGUGCACACUAUGUACCCCAUUAGUGUAGAACCAACCGUGACGGUCGUCUAUAUAAACUUACGAGGUAGGACUUGCAAGGCAGGUUUGGGAUUAACGUACUCCUGCAUAACAUUCUGAUGUUUACACGGAUCGCAAAUCUUGUCUGUGUGAUAAAGGACGAGGGGGGAACGCAAACACUAUGGUUUCUUCCAAAGGAGGAAUAAUCUUCCUGGUUUUCCUGACUUCCUGCAUCCAGUCCAGUAUUGCGUACGAAUGUCCAGAAGAUGCCACAGAGUGCGAAACGACGUUAGUCAUCCAACAUAGAUUGACUAUGAUGCACAAGGACGAAAAGAAAGUUUACCCAUACAAGGGGAAACUAUACAAGUAUAGCAUCCGUGAUCCGGACACAGCGUCUCCUGUCCCAACUGACCAGGUAAUGACCGCUGAUGGAUGGGAGGAUGACCGUUUGGUAGUUGUCGCCAAUGAGAGUCUCCCAGGGCCGGAUAUUAUUGUUUACUCGGGUCAGAGGUUAAAAGUCCAUAUCAUUAACAAGCUUGCUUCAGACUCUGUGACGAUUCAUUGGCAUGGCCUUCCUCAGCACAGGAGCCAGUGGAUGGACGGCGUCCCUUUCGUUACUCAAUGUCCAAUCCUUGCUGGCCAGACCUUCACGUACGACUUCAUUGCAGAACCCAAAGGGACCUAUUGGUACCAUUCCCACACGGGUGCACAACGUGUCAAAGGACUAAACGGGGCAUUUGUCAUCAGGGAAAGACAAUCCAUAAUGGAAGAACGAAUCAUGACCGUACAGGGUUGGAAUCAUCACUGGGGGGCGGAUAUGGAUCAUCAGAAAAUGAAUUUUGGUAGUUUUCAGAACCGUGUAUCGCAGUCCACUUCUGAUUCUGUCGACGGAGGUCAUUUCAGUCGAUUUUUCUUGCACUCAGUACUUAUUAAUGGUAGAGGGAGAUACUACAGUAACAGCACAACAAGGGAACACAAUGGCGCCCCUCUAUCUGUGUUCACUGUGGACCCAGGCACGACCUACAGGUUCAGAGUUAUUCACGUCGGGGCAUUAUAUCCAAUCAGAGUCUCAAUCGACAGUCACGAGCUGACGAUCAUUGCCUCUGACGGCUACGAUGUAAAACCCGUUGUAGCAGAAUCAUUUGUGAUUAACCCCGGAGAGAGAUACGACUUCACAAUGAUAACCAACCAAACUGCAGAGAACUACUGGGUUCGGGCAGAAACUUUAGAAAUUGGAAUAACACACAAAACUGAAGCAAUAUUGCACUAUAGCAACGGACCAACUCUUGAACAGGAACCUACAACGUUAAGGAGAACAUGCGCUGCAGCUGAUAGAUGUCUGGUCGUCAAUUGUCCGUUCACAACCUUCCCUGCUGACACAUAUACCGACUGUCUACGGUUCGAUCAUCUGAGAUCCUUAGUUGACAAUGAUCCCGCACCUGUUCCAACCUCUCUGGAUACAUUUAGAGAGUACCAUCUUAAUUUCGGAUUUCCUGGAAUCAAACAUUUCCCGUCCUCAAUUAACGGAAGGAAGUUCAAGUCUCCACAGGUUUCUGCUCUAACACAACCGUACGAAAUAGAUUCCACAUGUGACAAAGUAGAUUGUGGCGAAGAAAAGCAUUGUGAAUGCACACACACUUUGGACAUCAGACACAACGAUGUCGUUCAGUUAGUGUUGACCAAUAUGGGAAUCGGCACAGGUUGGUCCCAUCCAGUUCACCUACAUGGUUAUUCGUUUUAUGUGCUGAAAAUGGGCUAUGCAACCUACAAUAUGACGACAGCAAAAUUCAUUUCUCAAAAUACAGAUAUUGACUGUAGAGGUAAUAAAAGCAUGAAGAAAAGUUUCUGCAACGACGCCACCUGGCGUAAUUCUAGUUGGCUUGGAAACAACGUCCCAGGAAUAGAGUUGUCUAACGCUCCAAGAAAGGACACAUUGAUCAUCCCUAGCGGCGGAUACGCUGUAAUAAGAAUCAAGGCCGAUAACCCAGGUGUAUGGAUGAUACAUUGUCAUAUUAUGCUUCAUUCUGAGGACGGCAUGGUUAUGCUUUUGAAUAACUCCUAUGACAGACAUCCAUCUCCUCCUAAAGGUUUUCCCAUCUGCCAUGGCUAUCCGUCGCAAUAUCGGGAACAUUACGAGGACAGCAUAAAGAUGACACCCGCUCCUAACGUAGAACCUGAGAUCACGCCAAAGUGUCCGCCUACAGAAGAAGGAUACGGAAUGAAGACGUUUUGGAUCAUGUUCACUGUUCUCGGCCUGAUCAUCUUGUUUCUGAUCGCCUAUAUUCUACAUCUGCGGAAGGAGGUAAAGACAUUCAAGAUAAACCGGAAGUCGAAUUAUGUACCAGAAAAUAUACCACAGAAUGCUAGUGGAAAGGAAAAUCCGGCAUUUGAAACAGUGGCAAAGUACUAGGUGUGCUAUUUUUAACUCAUAAUUGUAUAUAGAUACACAUUAUUUCUAGUAAUCAUUAAAUACAUUUUAGUUGUACCAUAACCUACUACCGUGCAACCAAUUCAGCUUUUCAUUAACGUUUGAAUAACAUCGAAAUUGUUUGAUAUAAGCUUUGAUGCAGUAUUUGCAUGUUUAAUUGAUCAAUUAUAACCUCAUGAAGAGAAAGAGACCGCAGCAAAUGCUUUUUCAGUCGUGCAGAGUAGGUUACGCAUCGAAGCGUCAUCAUGACAUCACACCGAAGAAAAUGCCAUUGCAAAAAAGAGGAAAAUUAAUUUUUGGAAAUUUCGUAAUUAGGUGAAUAACAUGUGUUAUAUGUGAUAAGAUUGAGAUGGGUAUUGUUUUAACAAUGCGAAUCACUUGAAUUAUAAUCGUUAAGUCAUAUAUAAGUCCUUAACUUAAUCUAACAAAAAGAAAGAUAUGUUUACCCGAUUUUCAUAUUUAAUAAUAUUCGGAGGUAAAGAGCAUGCGAACUGAUGAAAGUCAGGCAUUCGACAAUUAAGACCGGGAGCACCUGCUUUCCUCUUAAGAGGGGAUUGACAUUGACGUGGUUGGACGGGUGGCGCAGUGGAUAGCGCACACGCCUUUCACCAAGACGGCUUUCUUCGGGAACUCCGGUUUCCUCCAAAAUUUAGACCCUUGCGCACUUCAACCGGCCAAACAAAGGUGAUUGCUAUAAGCUGGAAUAAUUUGAUUCAAAAUUGUGAUAAAAUAAAUAAAGAAAAAAAAAAUAUGCAUCUAUAUAUAUAUAUAGUUGAUGCGGACAGUGAUCGGUGAGAGGAAUGCCGUACUUCAUGUUUAUUUUACCUGUUAUUUUGAAUCAUUGAUUUAUUCGGUUGCGAAAAGAAGUAUUUUUUUUUGCUGAUAUUCACUGGAUUGAAAAGAAACAUUGCACAAUAUUUGUCCAUAAGCUUAAGCAGGAAAAGUAAAUAUAUAUCUUGUUUAAUACUACGCUGUUUCUUCCUAUUUCUGUAAUGAUAUCAGAAAUCGAGUAUGGUAGCAUACUGAUAUUUUUCACGAGUGCAAAACACUGUUAGAAUGAUCAGCUUAUUAGGGUAUGUACAUCAGUAAAAACCAUUAGAUUUACUGUGUAUUUCAUUUUGAAGUACAACGACGGAAAUGUUACUGCAUAUUGAAUUACCCCACUUCAAUGAGGGAAUUCAACAGCGUAACUGUGAACACAUUCUAAUGACAUACUUGGCAAUAAUGCUGCGCGUUUUUUAAUAAGACGCUCAACUCGAUUUAAUUUCUGCUAUUGUAUGGAAAUAUUUGCUUACAAACAACUGUUAACAUAACAAAGUUAUUGGUUUAAACGAA